GAGUGCCUGAAAAGUCGAAUGUAUGCAAAGAAACGUCAACAAGUCUUGAACAUAUUAAAGAAACAUCUGUCGACCAACCAGAACAUGUGAGUGAGAAGGAAACGAAAAAUGAAUCGGACAAUUCUAAGUGCACCGAUAAAAAGCAUAGAGAAUUAGAGGAAAGGUUAAUCCAGAGUUUUAGCACAAUCGAUCAACUAAACACUGACAUACAACGUUUGACAAACAGUAUAAAGGAAAAAGACAAUCAGAUUAAUUCGUUAGAAAAAAUGUUAUGCCCACCAAGUCAAAGAACAAGUCGAAGGAUUCAACAUAGAACAAUUUUACUGUACAGUAAACGUCAAGAUGAUUUGAUGAAAAUGGUCGAGAAAGAAUUAAAGCAUUGGUUGAACUUACGGAUUAGAAAUGUAAUCUUCACUUCAUGUGACAAUGUGAACAAUAGAGAACCGACAUCACCACUACUAGUUAUGUGUAUCAGCACUUCUAGGGUUGCUGCUGACGCAAUUAAUGCAGUAAAAGAAAUUACAGAGUUAGACAAUACAGCCCUAGUUGUUUUUCAUCACAAGGACGUCCAUGCUCUCUCAUUCAUACCAAGCCGUCGGGCUUUGUCGGAUUCGCCUUUUGCAGCUUUAAAUAAUAGAAUAUAUGACAUAGCUUUUCUUCAAGAAAAAGGCAUUUAUCACUGUAACUUUAACGAUAAAGCAAUAACAGAUAUUGCCACGUUCCUGAAGCAGAAGUUGGAGCAGUUUGGAUAAAUGUAGUCAUAUUCGUCAACUGAUGUUUUGAGAUGCCACAUCGAUUUAAAACUGUAAUGAA